AUGGAGCUCGAGGUGGCGCAGAAGGGAAGCGAUGUUGGGAGCAACGUUGGACAGCAUGCGAAGCGAGUAAAGAGGAAGAAGCGAAAGAUGGUGCCGCUACGAGAAGACCAAAUCAAGCAAAUCACGAAGAUCGAUGAAGCAACGGGGAAGGAAAAGGUGAUUGAGGAAAUUUCUCUUCUCGAUUCCGACGAUGAAGGCGAGCAGGACGCGCGUGAAGCAGAAGCCAAGGAAGCGAAGGUGAAGAACACGAUCGAGCUGCACGACCUCUACCAAAAGGACGCCGGGCGCAAGUACUACAAACGAUUCACCCUCGAUGGCUGCGUUUACGGUCUCGGGGACGCCGUCGUGCUCCACAGUGGAGAAGAGCGUGGCAACUUCGUGGGCAUAAUCGAAGACAUCUUCCGCCUGAAGACAAUCCUUCCCAUCAAGAAGGAGGGCGCCAAGCAUCAACCCACGAAGCCGCGCAAGAAGAAGUUCAAGAUCAAGGUGCGCUGGUUCUACCAGAAGUUCGACAUCGACGAUCGGCGGCGAGACUGCAAGAUCCCCAUCCCACGCAAAGGGUUCCCAGGUGUGGCCACGGUGAAUGAAGAGGUCUACUGGUCUUUCGAUCAGGACAUCAACGACAUGACCUCGGUGCUGUGUCCAGCGCACAUCAUCUACUGCCCCGCCGCAACCGACCCGCAACAGAUGGCGGCCCUCUGCCAGAAUGAGCCAAACACGUUCUUCUGCCGCUACAUCUACUACAACACUAAAUUCCACCACAUCAACAACUUCGAGGAAGACUGGAAGAUGGAGGAUGAGCAGCGCUAUGAGGUGCAAGCGCUCUAUCUGCGGCUGCUGCAGGAGGGCGUGGAGUUCCCGUCCCACGCCGAAUCCGAGGACUCUGACUCUGACUUUGACGCCGACUCCUGCACGCCCUCGCUCGGGAACGGAGCGGCGUACGUCCUCAGCGACACUCCGCUCGACGACGAAGAAGAAGCAGAGGCAAACGAAGAGGUGGCAGUGAUGGAACAGGAAGAGCAGGAGGAAGAAGGAAUGACGGACGGUGACGACGACGACUUCAUCGCGACGAACAAGAGAAAGCGAGCGGGCGAGAAGGGAAAGGAAAAGAUCACCGACAACGGCAAGCGCAGGAAAUCUGCUGAUGCGAGAAUGCCGGCCGGUGACGGCGUGCGUCUCGAGAAUAUUGUCCCCGAACGCGCGACCAGCGUUCGUUCCAAAUCGCCGCCUACUUCGUCAUCGUCAUCGUCAUCUUCUUCAUCCUCGUCAUUCACGUCGUCGCUGGAGGUCAAGCAAAAGCUGGUGAAAGCGGCCAAGGCUGAUGAGAAGCGGCGAAAAUGGCUCGAGAAACAAGCUCUCGAAGAAACCAAAGAGCGCAGGGAAGUCAACAAGAGGAGGCAGCAGCAGUUGGACGACGAGAUGAAGAAGCUCAGCCUACGGCCCCGCAAGAAUAGCAUCGGCAAGAGCGUCCUCAUCGAUGCCCCCGAUUUCCUUCCCCUCGACACAGAUGCCACUACCCUUCCGCCACGUCUGCGCAGGCGUCGGGCUUCCCAGGAAGAUGCGGACGCCAGCGGAGAGGAAAUUGAAAUCCCCUUUCGAAAGAAGGCCACCGCCGCAACUCCGGCCAGCGGCGCUGCUAGCGACGGCGAUAACGAGCCGCUGGACCUGAGCGACCACGCAGAUGAACCAUCGGCCGACGCCGGCGGAGGUGGAGGCGACGGCUGGGGAGGCAACUGGGACUCUCCGGCCCCCAGCGGCGCCAAUAGCACCAGCGACUCGAGCGCCAGUAGUAGCAGCAGCACCAGUGGAGGCGACGGCUGGGGUGCCAGUUUUGAUGCCGGCGGUACCGUCGACAUGACGAGUGAGCCCCGCGAUGCCAGCGCCAGCGCCAGCACCAGCGGAGGUGACUGGGGCAGCAGUUGGGGCGACGACGAGCCGACCGCCGGCGGGUCCAGCGCCAGCGGCACUAGCGGAGGCGCUGGCUGGGGCAGCAGUUGGGGCGACGACGAGCCGACCGCCAGCGGGUCCAGCAGCGCUGGUGGCGGCGGCGGUGGAGGCGGCUGGGGAGACGACUGGAAUGACGUACCCUCCACUCAGCCGCCCAGCAGCGCUGGCGGCGGGAGCACGGGCUGGGCCGGAUUGAGUGCUACCCACUCGACGGAAGACAGCACUAGCAGCAGCAGUAACUGGGCGGACGCGGGUGGAGGCGGGAGCGAGUAUCGCGGCGGAGGCGGAGGCGGAGGCGGCGUGUGCUACAAGUGCAACAAGCCCGGCCACUUUGCCCGCGAAUGCACAGAAGCUGGAACCGGCGCCAGCGGCCCCUUGCCCGAGAUCGGCAGCACAUGUCCUGCCAAGGUGAUGUCCGUGGGGAAGAAAGACGGCCGCGCGUUUGGAGUCUUCGUUCGUCCCGAAGGCUGCUGCCAAGACGGUCUGGUGCACUUUACGAGGAUGCUGCGGCGCCGGGUGGAGCCCGACGAUGAAGACCUGCUGGAGCUGGUCGGCGGAGUGGGCGCCACCGUCAACGUCAAAGUCCUCGACAUCGAAGAAGAGAACGGCCGGAGGAGGCUGAAGCUCUCGAUGAAGGACGCAGACCAUCAGCCCCCGAGCGUAGACGCAUCUAGCGGCGGCGGCGGCGGCGGCGGCACCUGCUUCAAGUGCGGAAAGUCGGGCCACUUUGCACGCGAGUGCCCCGGCGUCGCCAGCAGCGAGCAGGGCUUUGGAGGUGGCCACGGCAGCGACUCCACCGCCAACCGCGAGUGGGACUCGGCCGGGUCGAUCGACCAACACAGUAGCAACAGCGGCUUCCCUUUCAUGCACCCCGAUCGUGCGCGGGCGCUGGGCCUGGCGCCCGCGCCUUCAUCGACCUCAGCGCCUCCACUGUCGUCAUCGGCGCUGUCGGCGUCGAACUUCCCCGGCACUGGUGGCGGCUACGCGCAACCAGCCUAUGACCAGCAGCCUCAGCAACUCCAUCAGUUCCAGCAACCUCAGCAGUAUCAGCCGCAGCAGCCGAUGGCGGGCGUGAUGCCCCAUUUCACGUUCGUGAUGCCGCCACAGCCACACGGCUACCAACCCCCACAGGGCUACAACACCGGAUGGGCCGGUCGCAACAGCAGCCCCGCUCCGCCUCAGUCACAGCCACAGUCAUAUGCUUCGUCAGCGUCGGCGGCGCCGUCAUCGUUGCUGUCGCCUACCCUCACGGAGGAAGAGGAAGCGACGCUGGCCACUGUGCCUUACGACCUCACCACCCUCAACGAGGCCCGUCUGGGGCGGAUGACCAUGAUGCGGUGGUUCCGGCGGUACCGCAGGCGCUUCAACGUCGCGUACCUCGAGGGGCUCCUUGUCCGAGUGCUGUUGAACAGGCAGGGCUAUGUGGGUGAGAUCGUGGGCGUGGUGCGGUCCGAACCCUACUAUCUCACGUCCGGCUACGAGCUGGCUAUCCCGCCUGAGGACCCCGCCCAGCUCGCCCAGGCCCUCAAUGACCGCGCCCUCAUCCGUGUCACAUUCAAGCUCAUGGUCGAGAUCCCCGGCGUCGACGAGGGGAGGGAGUUCCCGGCCUAUGCGAUAUCGAGCAACUACUUCUCGCACCAGGAGAUGGUCCAGUGGCUGCUCGGCCGGAAGGCCAUGCGCCGCGAUCCGCUCACGCUGGAGGAGAUCGCGGCCAAGAAGCGCGUCAUCGCCAAGGCCCGGGCCAAGUCCGACGUGCACGCUGCUGCCGACCACCACCGCCAGCACCCGCACCGCAAGAACUCCCUCGACCUCUCUGCUUCGCCGUCGCUGGGCCAAGCGGUGGCGCAGGUCGACAAGGGGAAGGAGAAAGAACAAGGGGAAGAGAAAGAGGACGGAGGAGAAGCAAUGGCGACAAUCAUCACCUCCAUCGGCGCAGAGCCGGAGCCGCUCACGACGCGCACCACCAGCCCCACCUUUAUGUGA